AUGGCCAACUCGCUACGGAAUAUCAUUGUCGUCGGCGGCUCCUUCGUCGGACGGACCACAGCCCAGGAGCUCGCACGCAUCGUGCCCUCAACGCACCGAGUUCUCCUUACUGAGCCUCAUAGUCAUUUCCACCACCUCUUCACAUUUCCUCGAUUUGCCAUUGUUCCAGGACAGGAACAUAAAGCAUUCAUCCCCUACAGUGGUAUCUUCAAUACAUCGCCCAACCCUGCCUCCCAUAGCGUGGUACAGGCUCGGGUGUUGUCCGUUAGGCCCACCCAUAUAGAGCUUGACCGUGAAUGGCAAGGAUCGAAACAGAUAUCCUUCGACUAUGUUGUUCUUGCUACAGGAACACGUCUCUCCAAGCCUGCAGCUAUGGAUGAUGAUGAUAAGCCAUCGUCCGUCGAAUAUCUCCAGAGGCACCAGGCCAGUGUCAAGGCAUCCCAGUCUAUCUUGGUUGUGGGCGGGGGUGCUGUCGGUGUUCAGAUGGCAACCGACCUCAAAGAGUAUUACCCCGACAAAGAGGUCACAAUGGUACAGUCGAGGCCGCGGGUGAUGCCGAACUUCCACUCUCAACUCCAUGAUCUGAUCAAGCGGCGGUUUGAUGCGCUGGGCAUCCGACUGAUCACUGGCUCUCGCGUAGCUAUUCCAGCAAAUGGAUUUCCUAAUGAUGGCAGCACCUUUCAAGUUCAGCUCACGAACGGCACCGCCGAGUCCACGCAAUUCGUUAUACUGGCCACCGGGCAAACACCAAAUAACCAACCGGUGGCCGAUUUGAAACCUUCCAGUCCAGAUGGCGAGUCAAUCAUCAACCCUGAUAAUGGGUUCAUUCGUGUUAAACCUACAAUGCAAUUCUUGGAUGAGAAGUAUUCGAACAUGUUUGCAGUUGGAGACAUCGCGGAUACCGGUGCUCAAAAGGCUGCUCGGCCAGGUGCAGCCCAAGCAGCAGUUGUUGCGAAAAAUAUCCAGGCCUUAAUUGAGGGCCGCGCUGCCGAGGAUAAAUUCGUGAAGGGACCUGGUGCUAUUCAUCUAACACUCGGAGUGACACACAAUGUGGUGUUCCGCAAUCCCAAUACCGCGGAAGGCCAGACAGAGCCAUGGAUCAAUCCAAAAGACGACGGUCAAGAGGAUAUGAAUGUGGAAGCGAUGUGGGAACGGCUCGGCAUCUCGGUUGAGAAUGCCCGUCAGUAUCAUUUAUAG